AAGGACUUUAUGGGAGAUGGCCUUCAUGUAAUUCAAAGCUUCCUGGAUAAUGGGUUGCUGGAUAUGGGAUCCCAUACUUCAUUUCAGAAGGAAAGCUGUGUUGCCCCUAUAGAUUGAAAAGAGGAUGAAGAAGUGUUGAGGAGCUUUCAAUACCAAUGGCUCAUGACUAAUGUAUUGCCAAGAUUAGUUUGUUAUGAAUAAAACUAAUUAGGAACUGGUUGACCCACAUUCUAACAGCGCACUAUAUAAACUGGGAGAUUUGGACUGCCAGUUGCCACUUCUGUAUGAAGAAGAAGAUGUUCCUAUUAGCCCUUGCUCCUCUUCUGGCAUUCUUGGGAAUCUCUGGAAUCGCUAAGGCAGCAACAGAAUGUGGAAUCUCCCAGGUGUCUGGGCGCAUUAUGGGAGGGCAGGAUGCAGCACAAGGCAAGUGGCCCUGGCAAGUUAGCUUGAGAGAUGUGAAUGGACGGCACUUCUGUGGGGGAAGCCUUAUCAGUAACAAGUGGGUUGUAUCUGCAGCUCACUGCAUCACUAAUCCCAGUGACUUAUCCUCAGUUGUGGUUUUCCUUGGCUCCUACAAGCUAAGUGAGACCAACCAGCAGGAAAUCCGAGUUGCAGUGGUGAAGAUGAUCACACAUCCCAGCUAUGAUAAGAAUCUGGGUAUCAACGACAUCAGCCUCUUGGAGCUUGAAAAAGAGGUAGCCUCGACAAACUACAUUAACCCUGUUUGCCUCCCUGCCCCUGCUGUUAAUUUCUCAACAGGCCUGAAAUGUUGGACAACAGGCUGGGGAGCCAUCUUGCCUGGCGUUUCUUUGCCGAAUCCCAAGACCUUGCAGGAAGUGGCACUGCCAAUAAUUGACAUUCAGACAUGUUCACAGUAUUAUAGCACCUCCUCCAAUAAGGCAAUACUCCAACCUGAUCUCAUGAUAUGUGCUGGCUAUGUAAACGGGGGAAAAGACUCCUGCCAGGGUGAUUCUGGUGGGCCCUUGGUUUGCAGUGAGAACAAUCAAUGGUUCUUAGGUGGGGUGGUGAGUUUUGGCGUAAGUUGCGGGAAGCCAUACAGACCUGGCGUUUACACGCUCCUGACACCCUUUAUUGGCUGGAUUCAGUUAAUUGUUCCCAAUGUCUCUGCCAAUGUGCGAAAUGUGAAUUUCACAGGUCCAUUCAUUUCCCUUUAUAAUACAGCAGAAACCCUCUUUAUUUCCACCUUCUUCCUUCCUUGUGUGAUCCUUCUGCUCAUCAGCCAGUGAAGCCUUCUUCGCACAUAGGGAACUGUGUUUGAUUAAUUUGGGCUGCAUAUUCAUGUACAUUGAAGGAUAUUUUGUAAUGUGCUGUUGGCUUAUAAUCACAUACCUGCAAAUAUUUUAAUUUUGAAAAUUCAUACAUUUAGGGCAUGCUACCGUCUACCAUGAGCAUAUCCAGAAUGAACUUGACAUUCCUCAAAUCCUUGAAGAAAAUAAAUUGCAUAAAAUGUGUAAUAUGUAAAUCCCCUGCUUUGUGUAAAUAACCAUUUUAUAAUAAUAUACUUUUUUAGUAGUAUGUGCCAUUGGGUAAUCAUAAAUAGAAAAUUACCAUUUUAAGAAUUAUGAUUCAUGGUGCAUGCAAACAAACCAAACCAACCACACAUGUCCCAUGAGCCAAUUCAACUUGACGUUCCUCAUAUCCUGACAUUUUUGUGGUUCUGCAAAUCAAACAGUGCAACUUAAAUCAUUGGUUGGAAUGUUUUUGUUGGUUGUACAUGAAGUCCUCUGAACAUUCUGCAUCGAUAAUAAACCAAUUAUUAUUUAAUUAAGCUCAUCUGUUGAACUGAUCUAUGGCCUAAACAUAAGCCCAAUACAACAGAGAGCAGGCAGUCAUGUUUUUGAAACCAAUUGAUCAUCUCAUAAAGACUUCUUAGAAGGUCAUUGGCUGUCUUUUUAUUUUGGUUUGUAACCAUUGAUUGCAAUCGAGGUCGGCUAUUGACAGACUGUAAGGAAACACUUGAUUGGGUGAACCGAUUAGGAGUCAAAUUUAAUGCACAAUGGUUCAAUUUUAAUAUCUGACCUAAAAAAUUCUUAAUUCUGAUAUGUGGUAGUUUGGGAUUUGUAGAGAGACCAACAUAAGAGGUGGAGUGAGGCAGUUAUGAUUCAUGGAACAGGUGUGUUUAGAUCAUUGAUGUCCGUUUGAGAAGAAAUCUAAUAAUCAAACACCUGUGACUGCCUCUCGUGAUUCAUGUAAAUGUCUAUAAC